AGCUGUUCUCCCGUCCAAACCCAACAGAGGCGCUGUAGAGAGAGAAAGAGAGAGGCCAUGGCCUCAACGGGCGCCCUGCCCUCCCCUGCUUAAAAACCUCGGCCCUUUAUUGGCUCGCACCGGUUACUACUGCUACUGAUACACUACCGCUGCUCCUCUCUCUAUCCUACGAGAGCCGGAGGAAGAAAGAUUGGCAGGAACAGUGCAAGACCAAGAAGCGGGUGUGGAGGAGAGAGACAGAGUGAGAAAGUGUAGCUGUUGGGUGUGGAAACGGAGGAGGGCGAGCAAGAAGGGAAACAAGGUGCAAGGGAAACAGAGGGGGAAUGGCGUGAAGCAUGGCUGGACCCAAGAUUUCGCGAGAUCUUGCCUAUUCUGCGACGUUGAUCUGGAGUUGGGAGGUUACCACCUCGGCGCCGUCUUGCUCCUGCUCAUCUUGCAUAAAUAGGAGCAGGGAGCGAGGCUACAGCGCAGUACAGAGAUCCCUCCUCCUCCCCCUGCAGCUGUAGAGCAAGCGGGCGAGAGAGGAAAAGGUUGGUAGGAAAUGGAUUUCGGCGACGAACCUGAGGGCUCCGACAGCCAGCGGCGGCGGAAGCGGUACCACCGCCACACCCCUCGCCAGAUUCAGCAGCUCGAGGCGAUGUUCAAGGAGUGCCCCCACCCCGACGAGAACCAGCGCGCGGCACUGAGCCGGGAGCUCGGCCUGGAGCCGCGCCAGAUCAAGUUCUGGUUUCAGAACCGCCGCACCCAGAUGAAGGCGCAGCACGAGCGCGCGGACAACUGCUUCCUGCGCGCCGAGAACGACAAGAUCCGGUGCGAGAACAUCACCAUGCGCGAGGCGCUCAAGAACAUCAUCUGCCCCAACUGCGGCGGCCCGCCCGUCGCCGAGGACUUCUUCGACGAGCAGAAGCUCCGCAUGGAGAACGCCCACCUCAAGGAAGAGCUGGACCGCGUGUCGAGCAUCACGUCCAAGUACCUCGGCCGGCCGUUCACGCAGAUGCCGCCGGUGUCGACGAUGUCCGUAUCGUCGCUGGACCUGUCCGUCGGCGGGCUGUCCGGGCAGGGGCUCGGCGGGCCAUCUCUGGACCUUGACCUCCUCAGUGGGUGCUCGUCCGGGAUGCCGUUCCACAUGCCGGCUCCCGUGACCGAAAUGGAGCGGCCCAUGAUGGCCGAGAUCGCCGCGCGUGCCAUGGACGAGCUCAUCCGGCUCGCGCAGGCCGGCGAACACAUCUGGGUCAAUGGCGCGCCCGGCGACGCGCGGGAGACGCUAAACGUCGCCACCUACGACAGCCUCUUCGCCAAGCCCGGCGGCGCGUUCCGCCCGCCCGACAUCAACGUCGAAGCGUCCAGGGACUCGGGGCUCGUGUUCAUGAGCGCCGUCGCGCUCGUCGACGUCUUCAUGGACACGAACAAGUGGAUGGAGUUCUUCCCUGGCAUCGUGUCCAAGGCGCACACCGUUGAUGUCCUCGUAAACGGCUUGUGCGGGCGGAGCGAGUCCUUGAUCAUGAUGUACGAGGAGCUGCACAUCAUGACGCCAGUCGUCCCGACGCGCGAGUUCAGCUUCCUCCGCUACUGCAAACAGAUCGAGCAGGGCCUGUGGGCCGUCGUCGACGUCUCCGUGGAGGGGCAGCGCGACGCGCACUACGGCGUGCAGUCGCGCUCCCGCCAGCUGCCGUCGGGGUGCCUCAUCGCCGACAUGUCCAAUGGCUACUCCAAGGUGACCUGGGUCGAACACAUGGAGAUUGAGCAGAUGCUUCCGAUCAACGUACUCUACCGCAACCUCGUGCUGAGCGGCGCCGCGUUCGGGGCGCACCGGUGGCUCGCCGCUCUACAGCGCGCGUGCGAGCGCUUCGCGUCCUUCGCCGCGCUCGGCGUGCCGCACAACGACCCGGCCGGAGUGACGCCGGAAGGGAAGCGGAGCAUGAUGAAGCUGUCGCAGCGGAUGGUGAGCAGCUUCUGCGCGAGCCUGAGCUCGUCGCCGCUGCAGCGAUGGACGCUGCUCUCCGGCACCAUGGACGUGAGCGUUCGCGUCUCCACGCACCGAAGCGCUGACCCGGGCCAGCCCAACGGGUUCGUCCUCAGCGCCGCCACCUCCAUCUGGCUGCCCGUCCCCUGCGACCACGUCUUCGCCUUCGUCCGCGACGAGAACGCGCGCUCCCAGUGGGACGUCCUGUCGCACGGCAAUCAGGUUCAGGAGGUGUCGCGCAUCCGCAACGGCUCCAAUCCCGGCAACUGCAUCUCCUUGCUGAGAGGCCUGAACUCGAGCCAGAACAGCAUGCUGAUCCUGCAGGAGAGCUGCACGGACGCGUCGGGGUCGCUGGUGGUGUACUCGCCGAUCGACAUCCCGGCGGCGAACGUGGUGAUGAGCGGCGAGGACCCGUCGAGCAUCCCGCUGCUUCCUUCGGGCUUCGCCAUCCUGCCGGACGGCCGAUCGUGGUCCGGUGCGGGCGCGUCCAGCAGCACCGGCCAGCUCGCUCCCCCGCCGGGCUGCGUCGUCACCGUCGCGUUCCAGAUCCUCGUCAGCAGCCUGCCAUCCUCCAGGCUCAACGCCGAGUCAGUCGCCACCGUCAACGGCCUCAUCAGUACCACCGUGCAGCAGAUCAAGGCCGCCCUCCACUGCCCCGGCCAUUGAUCUUGAUCCACCAUCUCAUCACCGUGCCUCACCUCACCUCGCCAAGCCAGCCGCCGCCGCCUCAGUGACCGACGAGAGUUCGUUGGCCCGUUGAAUGCUCGCAUUCAUGGACUCCACCUGCCGCUGCUCCCGAAGCUGACGCAACUCCCUCUCCCCCCUCCAUCAACCCAUCCAUGAAUCCAUUACCAUAAUAGUUCCUUCUUUAGAUUCCGUGUCCUUUUCUUUUCGUUUCCCUUACUUAAAUUUGCAGGAUUUCAUCAAGUUUUCUUAGGCAUUCGUUCGUGCGCCAGGAUCGAAGGCUUUGAGACCGAGGGAGUCAAGAACGCACCAUGCUACCUUGUCCCUUUCCUCUCGCUGCAACCAUGCAUUUCUCCACAGCUCCAAUUCCCAUCUCUCUCCCCCUCCAUCCUUGUCAUCUCGCCAUUGUCGUUGGUGCCGCAGCAGAGGAUGAAUGGUUCGGGUAUUGACUUCUGUCCAUUAAUGUAAAGCCUUAAAUGAACAUUCAUUUCGAUUAUAAGUGGAAAGGGAAAAGAAGUUCUGGUAAAAGCUGUGCGAUGUUG